AUUAAUGAGAAAUUGAACAGGUGUUCCUAAUAAUCCUUUAGGUGAGUGUAUAUUCUAUAUAGCUACCCUAGGAACUGAUAAUUGGUUUCCGUAGAUAUGCUUUUGAUUGGCUGAAGUCCUCUCCAAUAGUUGGAUACUAUAUCGUCCACCCUAAAUUUCACUACUUCUUCAAGUUUUGCAUUUUCCUAUUGAUGUCUAUAAUACACCACCAGCUAUAUUAUAUUCUUCUAAUCAGUAAGCAAGUGUAACGAUACCAGACGGAGGCAUGUUGCUCCAGUAGCGGUAUGCGCCGCUUUGAUUGGAAGGUUGAGGUCUAGGAAGUGCGCCGGUUCCGGGUGAGGAAUGACACGAACAGGGCGCAGACCUUACAUCAAGCUAUAUCGAAAUGCAAUACAUAGCUAUAUUUCAAAACAACUGAAUCCUGCCAACUCUUGUCAACAGUAUCUCGGGUGGACCACACAACGAAAUUACCGCAAUGGCGUCCAAGGUCCCAUCAUCAGAAAUGAAAGGCACAAUUCUAAGUGAACUUCUCCCUGAAGGACAUCCUGCACGUUGUCAACUAAUACCAGAGAAGGAAAGUGUGGGACAGGAAGAUCACCCCCGUGCACGAUACCAACUAAUAACAAAGAAGGAGAGUCUGGACCAAGAAGAUAAACUCAGAAGAUGUACCUUUGGAAAGAGAGAUAACAUGAAGGUGAACAAAACCAUUCUGAUAGUUGGAGAAACAGGAACAGGGAAGUCCACUCUGAUUAAUGCCAUGGUGAAUUAUGUCAUGGGGGUGGAGUUGAAGGACAAAGUCUGGUUUGAGAUUGUUGAACAGGAGAAUGGAAAGCAGAGUGAGAGUCAAACUACAGGAGUCACUGUAUAUGAGGUAUUUGGAUAUGAAGGCAGGAGAGUCCCCUACUCUCUCACCAUUAUCGACACUCCAGGAUUUGGAGACACCAGAGAAAUCGAAAAAGACAACAUGAUCGCUGAAAAAUUGUUUCAGUUGUUUAGGUCUGAUAAAGGGAUUCAUCAAAUUGAUGCUGUUGGUUUAGUCAUAAAGGCAGCAAUGAAUCGUCUCAGUGACAGACAACAGUACAUCUUUGAUGCAGUUUUGUCUUUAUUUGGCAAAGAUAUGGAAAAAAACAUUGUGGCCUUUAUCACACACUCUGAUGGAAUGGCCCCAAAGAAUGCGCUAGAAGCCAUUACUACAGCAAAGGUUCCCUGUGCCAAGAAUGAGAAGAAUCAUCCUGUACAUUUUAUGUUUAAUAACCGUCAAUGUGAACCCUUUAAUGCAGUAUAUCAGACUCGUCCAGCGUAUCACCACCUUCAGGAGCAGGUCUGGAAUCAAGGAUUAAAAUCCAUGGAAAAGUUUUUCACUUUUUUGAAUAACAUUGAAACAAAGAGUGUGAAGAUGACUGAAGGAGUUCUGAGAGAACGCAAACAGUUGGAAGCUGUAGUUGUCAACUUACAGGAGAGGGUUAAAGAGAUUGAAGGAAAGCAAAAAGAAAUCAAGGACACUCAAAAUGCCCUGGAGAAACACAAGAAUGAAAUGGAGGAAAACAAGAAUUUCUCAUAUGAAGUUGAGGAAAUGUACAAAGAUAAAAUCUCAGUAGAUACAUUAGGGAAUUGGCUUAUUUUCAAUGAUGGAGCGACCAUCUGUACAGUCUGUGAGGAGAACUGUCACUAUCCAGACUGCUGGUGGGUUUCUGAUCUCUCCUUGUGCAGUGUGAUGAAGAACAACCACUGUACUGUGUGUACUAAUAAAUGCCACUUCACCAAGCAUGUCAAGGGAAAUGAAAAGUAUGUUCUCAAGACCAGGAUGGUUACCAGGACAUAUGAAGAGUUGAAACGCAAGUAUGAUCUUGGUGAGAAAGGUGUUGGGGAGAAAGAGAAUCUGCUCAUCAGACUUCAGAAGGAACUGGUGGAGCUAACACACAAGAAGACCUCACUUGUGGAGGAAUCCUACCAGUGUCUCAUCAUACUGGAAGAGAUUGCCUUGAAGACCGUCUCACUGUCCACUGCCAAACAUCUGGACUUCCUGAUUGUGAGGAUGAAGGAGACAGGAGACGUGGAGAAGGUUAAGAAACUGGAGGAGAUGAAGAAGAUGGUUGAGGAGGAACACCAGGAAGGGUAUUUGAGGAGAUUUGGCAAUUACAUAAUGAGAAAAGUUAAAAGAUAAUAAACCAGAAAUGUCUUUAUCAUUCAGCAAGGAUGUUUGAUUUAUUCAGGGUCUCACUGGCGAGGGCACAAUGAACACAAAAAAUACAGUAAAUACAACGAACAAAUGUAUUGUAUUUUUAACAAAAAGAAGAAAAAACACCUUUUCACAACAGUGAGGAACACAGGCCUGUUAUAAGAUUGACAUUGUCAAUGUUGAUGAUGAGCUUUGCUGUAAUUUCCUGAGUUUUUGUUUUUUGGUUUCAUGUUUGACCAAUCAAGUUAAAUCUCAGCUUCCUGUUUCUAUUCCAGCCCAACUGCAGGCUGGGGUUUAGAAAUCUCUGUGCCAGCACUGCAGAGGAAACUUUCAUCUUAAGCUCAUGAUAAAUGCAAAGAAAACAAAAUGCAUGUUUUUUUCAUGGUCACAAAAGUAAGAUGAAAAUGUUUAUAAAAUGUAUAGUUAAAAUGGUAUGAAAAUUUGAUUUUCUCCUUCCUCUAAAUAUCUUGGGAUAUGGGCUGAUGACAACUUGUCUUUCAAAAUACAUUCAACAGAGCCAAAUAAAGUAAAUAUCAAAUUUGUUUCCUCUAUAAAAAAAAACAGUUUAACUGGUGAUUAUUGUAAUUAUUCACCUGAAAAUGAAACUACGGCCUCUGUGAUUUUCCCUGUAUAAUUAAAGCAUAUGUAUUAUACCAUGUUUAAGAAGUUUAUUUUAAACAACUUUAUUUGGUUGUUAAAAAAACAGAUGCAAACUGUUUGCAAAGGAGUUGUAAUUGAUUAAUGACAGCAUUAACAAAUCAUUAGUUAAUGGUUGGCAAAUAUUAGUAUACCAUUUUAUAUUUUCUCUCUUUUAUUGU